AUGACGUCCUUCGUGAACGCCGUCAUGGCCACCGACUUCAGUCGUAUUCGCGGACCAGGUGAACUCGACAACUUCUCGCUCGCCUCUCUCCUCGAGGCUGAGACGUCUUCCAAGGAUGAGCCGACCAUCCACCCGGCUCCCGUUUUCAGGCCUCCUCCUCCUGCUGCCUGUGGGCCGCUCAAUGAGGGUGUUGCUGAUGUAGGGGCUCCGCCUGAUGUCCUCAUGCAGGCAUUGGACGACCUUGGUCGCCCAGCCUCCCCUUCUCACAUCCCCGUUUCCAAGAAGCGAAAGGGUGUUGAUCGUCCGGUCCCACCUCCUCCCCAGAAGAAGAGCAAGGUGGCCUACUCUCACCCUGCUCCACCUCCGCCGAUCAAUCGCGCCACUAAACCCAAGCCCCGUCCAACAACGUGGGCAGGGAUAGCACGACAGGCCGCUUCGAUGCCUCCCCCGCCUCCUGGCUUGGGACUGCAACGUCGCAGGCCUUCUCCUCAUUCCCAACGGGGCCCUACCCAGAAGCAGGUUCUCGUGUUGUUUGGGGGUACCCCUCCCGACCUCACGAAAUUCUUCACCGAGUCGGCUGUCCACGCGGCCAAUGGGUAUCUCAGGGAUGGUCGAUCUAUGCUAAAGGUCACCUCCAUCAUCCGUGCCUACAACGGUUUGUCGUUGGUCACCCCCGCCGUUGCCAGACCGUCCGAUUUGGACAUAUUGCGCAACUUCAUUCGCGAAAGCCUCCCAACGGGUACCCCGUUCGAGGUUGCGCUCCCAUCAUCGACGUCUUUCAUAAAGAUCCUCGAUGUUCCCUACUUCGAUCCGAAAGGGUUGAAGAUCACCCAGGAGGCACUUGAGAAGGCCCUUCGCACCUUGGUUCAUGCUGAGGUAUUUGCAUAUCUGAGUACCAAGCCUCGGAUCGACCGCAACUCGAACGUUCACCACACAUAUGCACACGUAGACACUCUUCUCGAAAUUUGUAAAGACAGAUUUGAUAUUUUAUUCUUCCAAGAAACACCUUGGAAUUUCAUAAGACACGCACUGUCUACCACUAGUAUGGAGGGCGAUGAGGUUAUUGGCGCACCAAAGCAUCCUGACUGGCUGCAAAUGGUGUGCAUUAAGGAAGGGGAAGUUCCCCACGUGAUCGCCUAUGUUUCGACUAGGCUCUCCCGCUAUCGUCCCGCUAUGCGCUGCAACAUCAUUGACCAUUGCGACAUUCUCGUCCUCUCCCUCUUUAGUGGGGGUGAGGUUCUUAAUCUGAUGAACGUCUACUCUGAUGAUCAACACACAGCCAUUGAGCACCUUGCUGCUCGUGUGCACUCUCUUCCGCCUUUCAUUUAUAUGGCUGGUGACUUCAACUGUGUGUCGACAACUUGGGAUGACUAUGAGCAUGGCAAGUCGUUGACAGCAAUAUCCUUGCAGGACACCGCAUCUCAGAUCAGCCUCGAGUGGGCUCGACCUUCUAACCAUGGACUGACGAGGAUCAGUCCUAAUCCAAACCAGAGAUCCAACGUCUUGGAUCUUGUAUUCUUAGCUCCAUCUGAGAUUCUAAUCUCAAUGCCCAGAUUGGAGCACGAUCUCCAGGACAUUCUCCGGGAUCUUGUGGCUAUUCCUGUCGCAGCCCUGGCAACCAAGGAAGGCGUUGAAGCUUUAGCUGAUGCUAUUGCGACAGUGUUCUCGGACGCAUGGCUUGCCCACUUGACCGAGUCCAAACCUACCAAACGCUCCAGCCGUUCGCUCGCUGACUACAACAAGUUUAAGAAUGUGUGUAAGGACGCCAAGCGUGAUUUCUUUGAUGAACGUAUCGCAGAAAUUGCUACUUCUCGCAAGCGCCCGUGGGACCUAAUGGAAUGGGUCAAACAGCGCAAGCUACCACCCUGUGAGGCUAUUCGCAAUGGCGACCAGCCUUGCCAUGACAUGGACGACCUCUGGGAUGCCCUAUAUGGCACGUACAACUCGGCCUCUGGUCGUGAGUACGACGCCUCAGUCUUAGACGAGCUUCCUGACGAGCCAGUCCGUGAGUGGGCUGACUUCUCAGAGCAUGAGUUGUUGAGUGCCCUAAAGGGGUGCUCCAACUCCUCUGCACCAGGACCGGACCAUGUUACAUGGGUCCACCUAAAGGAGUUGCUCAAGGAUAAACACGUCCUUGCGCUCUUCAUCAUGCUGGCCAACGCCUGCCUUCGGGUGGGUCAUUGGCUGCAUAUAUUCAAGGAGUCGCUAUCGGUUAUCGUCCCGAAGCUGAAUAAGCCCUCCUAUGCUGUGCCAAAGGCUUUCCGGCCGAUCGUACUCCUCAUCACUUUCGGUAAACUUAUCAAAAAGAUGAUUGCCAAUAGGAUACAGUUUGACGCAGUCAAGCAUGAUAUCUUCCAUCCCAACCAACUUGGCGGUAUCUGCCAGAGGUCCACCGAGGAUGCUGGAUUGAUUCUGACUCAUCUCGUGCGAGCGGGGUGGGUUAAGGGUCUCCAGACUAGCCCGCUGGCUUUUGACAUCACACAGUUCUUCCCUUCUAUCAACCAUGAAAUGUUCAUGGCUGUACUUCGCAAGCAAGGGUUCUCGCCGGUUCUGGUGGAGUUCUUUGCCUCUUAUCUCAUUGGUCGUUCCACAGUUUACUGCUGGAAGACCUUCCAAUCCGACUCGCGGUCUGCGGACGUGGGUGUCAGGCAGGGCUCAGCUCUCUUGCCUGUUAUCUCUGGGCUGUUCAUUGCGCCGGUAAUGAAGCUCUUCUACAUCAAGGCGGCACCACUCAAUACGACACUGCUUUCCUUUGUGGAUGAUGGGACCAUUCUGGCCCAAUCCAAACAACUUGAUGAUAAUAAUGUGGGCCUGCAUAAGGCCUACAAAAUUAUCUACCUGCUCUUUGUUGCUUUUGCGCUUACCUAUUGGAGGUACUUGGGCUUCUACUUUGACCGCGGGCUCACGUUUCAUGAGCACGUUCGCUACUAUGCCACCAAGGCGUUCACCACCGUGCAAGCCAUGCGCAUGCUCGGGAACUCUACUAGGGGUCUCUUGCCUAAACAGCGACACCUCUUAUAUAGGUCGUGUGUGGUUCCUAUUGCCACAUACGGCUAUCGUCUCUGGUAUUUCGAUGGCACCCGUAAUAAGGGCGCGAUGAACCAGCUAAAACGGAUGCAGCGAAAAGCUGCUCUAUGGAUCACGGGUGCUUUCCGCACCUCACCCACAGGCGGUCUUGAGGCCCUCGCUGGACUCAUCCCCGUUCAUCUCAUGCUGAAGAAGCUGGCGACACGCGCAGUGUAUUGCGUAGCCACCCUCUCAGACACUCACCCUCUUCGCUCCAUGAUGGGCGAGGGGCUUCUCAAACAGGCUGAACCUCACACCUGCUCUGCCGUGUUGAUGACCCCAGCUAUGCGGGGGAAAGUCAAGAGCACUGUCAUGGAGGUGGAUGAACACAUUCACACCUUAACUGAGAGCUUCGAGCCCUUUGCACCCGAAGCUCGCCCAGGUGAUCGGUUACUGGACCGCUAUGCAGACCGUCUCCACUUUGACAAGCGCGAUCCUGCCCAGGAUAGGCGACCAUAUCUAGACGAGCUCAUCACGAAAGCAAGGGCUGACCCUUUAACAGUACUGGCUGCAACUGAUGGCUCUGUCCCUCAGUCCAACCAGUAUCAGGCGGCUUCAGCAGCCAUUAUCUACAAGGGACAUCGUGAGCUCAAAAGGACUCACUAUGUCUCUGGCAGAGUUACUGCCCCAGAUGCGGAACUCAAUGCCAUCUUGUGUGCAGUACGCCUUGCCGUCAAGCAGGCAAACUGUCAACAUAUUAUGGUCUUUACUGACUCUAUGGGCUCAGCCCAUAGAGCGGUCGACCCCUCUUCUGUCAGUCUCCAAGAGUGGUUCAAAGCGGAUGACCUCCGCUGCAUCACCUUUGUCUACGUUCCAUCUGCUCUGCGGUGGGAUAUCCAUGGUGAGGCACACAAAUAUGUCACUGAACUUAAAGUCAGGGUUGGACAUUGCAAGAUGGACAACUCUAUCGACGUGCUCCGCUCCAAAGCUGUGCACUCAGUCCUGGAUUCGUGGAGCUCCACUUUCCAGGAUCCAACUUACCGAGGCUCUGAAUUUUUAGAGCUUCAACAGCCUGACGGGCGGCUGCUACAGCCAUCGUACCUCAAUGGGGGACCUUGGCUUUCAACAUUCGGACACAGUAUUACUGAGUUUGCUCGUAUCAAUGAGCCUCAUGGCUGCACUUGCGGGGCUGAUUUGCAGUCCCGUCAGCAUAUCCUCUUUCACUGUCGCGAUCGCUAUUCCGUGCAUUACCCCCGCUUUCUUGGGGAUAUUGCAUCUUUUAUGAAGUACAACCCCACGGCGUUUGGCUUCAACCGGGACUCUUCAGGUGUCGGAUAA